AUGGUUGGUCGUGCCAUUAAAAAGGCCGGAGUAGCUUUAACAGAUUCCAUCAGAAGAACAUUUUCAACAAAAAAAUGGGAACACAAAGAGCAGUUGCAUUCUUUAGUGGAGACUGAUAAAUUCUUCUUGAAAAAAGUUCGAUGGCAAAUUUCCUUAAUGGCUCACGUUGGAUUCGCUUUAGCUUUCGCCAUCAGAUCUAACUUCGGAGUCGCUAAGAAUAGAAUGAUCAGCAAUUUCACAGAUGCCUACGGGACUGUUCACGAGCAACAGUUUUUCUGGUCUCCAACAGAACUGGGAAUGAUGGAAUCGUCCUUCUUCUAUGGUUACGCUGCCUCCCAAAUACCUGCUGGUAUGCUUGCAGCAAAAUUUGCUCCAAAUAAACUGUUUUGCUUGGGCAUCUUAAUCGCGGGUCUGACUAACGUCAUAGUGGCAAUCGGGCUACAGUACCAUCCAUUCACCGACUUUGUCGUCAUGGGUUUACAAAUCGUUCAAGGCUUGGCCCUGGGUGUCACGUAUCCUGCUAUGCAUGGAGUUUGGCGUUAUUGGGCUCCGCCAUUGGAACGAUCUAAGCUAGUCACAACAACCUUCACUGGAAGUUACAUUGGGGUCAUGUUGGGAUUACCUGUCUCAGCGUCUCUUGUCAGUUAUAUACAUUGGUCUGCUCCGUUUUAUGUAUUUGGAGCCAUGGCUAUAGUAUGGUCAGUCGGAUGGUGGUUCGUCUCGGCCUGUAAUCCACAUGAACACAUGUACAUUUCGGACGAAGAGAAACGUUUCAUUACUGAAAAAGUUGGAGCUGUUGUCACAUCUGACAUGACGCUUACUACGGUACCAUGGAAAACAAUCCUACUCUCUCCACCAGUAUGGGCUAUUGUUAUUUGCAAUUUCUGUCGUUCAUGGACUUUCUUCUUACUUUUGGGUAAUCAGCUGACAUACAUGAAAGAUGUUCUUCAUAUUGAUAUUCGAGAUAGUGGACUGAUUUCCAUGCUACCACAACUUCUCAUGGCUAUUACUGUACUUUCUUCUGGACAAUUAUCUGAUUAUCUACGGGCUACGGGUAAAAUGGAAACAGGAAACGUCCGAAAAUUGUUUAAUUCCAUGGGUUUCGGAGGAGAAGCUUGUUUCUUGUGUAUAUUAGCCUUCUUACACGAUCCUGCUCCAGCAAUUACAUGUCUUGUUCUCUCUACAGCUUUCAGUGGUUUCGCUAUUGCAGGUUUUAAUGUCAAUCACUUCGAUAUCGCUCCACGUUAUGCUUCCAUUCUUAUGGGUUUCUCCAAUGGUUUGGGAGCUUUGGCGGGAAUGGGAGGAAUUAUUACUCAGAACUUGACUGCUGACAAUCCAGGUGGAUGGAAAUAUUGCUUCCUCUUAGCCGUCGGAGUUGAUCUGUUUGGUCUUAUCUUCUAUCUGAUCUUCGCUAAAGGUGAUGUUCAAGAAUGGGCGCGAGAAGCAGAGCCAGAAGAAACGAUGGGAGAAUUCGUUAGGCGUAUCUCAACAAUGGUUCGAUCAUCACUGACGAGACCACGUUUUAACAGUCAAAAAUCACGCGAUUACGACAAAAUGGAUGAAUCUCGUCAUAAUUCAUCUGAAAUGAAAGCUACUUAUAAUGUUACUGAUCUUCAAAGUAUUCAAGAAACUGAAGAUAGUCCACGACAAUCUCAAACUGAUAUCAGUUCAACUCCUGAUUCUUUAAAGCCGGAUAGACCAUCUGUCUGA